AAUAAACUACAACCUCCCAGCUUCAAGCAUAGAUAGUCGAUCUCUCACUCUCUCUCCCCAAAAUAAACUACUGUAGAGAGAGAGAGAGAGAGAUUCUGACUUUAGAUGGGAAGGAGUCCCUGUUGUUCAAAGGAGGGGUUGAACAGGGGAGCAUGGACAGCUAUGGAAGACAGAGUACUCACAGAAUACAUCAAAACUCAUGGCGAGGGGAAAUGGAGAAAUCUUCCCAAGAGAGCAGGACUUAAAAGAUGUGGGAAGAGUUGCCGACUCAGAUGGUUAAAUUAUCUGAGACCUGAUAUCAAGAGAGGCAACAUCACUCGUGAUGAAGAGGAGCUCAUCAUCAGGCUUCACAAACUCCUGGGAAACAGAUGGUCUUUGAUAGCUGGGCGGCUUCCAGGCCGAACAGACAAUGAAAUCAAGAACUACUGGAACACAAAUAUUGGAAAGAAAUUUCAGGUGGCCGGAGAUCACCCAAAAAGAAGACCAUCAAGUACUGAUCCAAGUCAACCCCGAGAGAUCAACCCAAAUCCCUUCAUGGAAAGUAGUUCAUCAGUGGUCCGAACCAAGGCGACAAGGUGCACCAAAGUUGUCGUAACCACCGGGCCACAAGAACACGACCAAUCCCACGCCAAGCUCCAGCCAUCUUCAACUCCUGACGACCCGGUUGACUUUUCAAACCCCAUUUCGGAAGAGGAUACUAAUUAUCUGCCCAACUUCAUCAUGGAUUUCGAGACGGACGGAAAUAUCCUGUCGGAUUUUCUCGACAUGGAUUUCUCGCAGCUUUUUUGUCUCCAAAAUGAAGCCGAUAAUAGCAUUAACACGUCUGAUCACAAAGGCUUUGUUUCUGAAGAUAAGCUGCGUGGCUCCGAUUCUCAAUCUUUGGAUCCAUAUUUUGAGUCCGGACUGGAAUGGCUCUGUGAUUAAUUAAGAAACUUAAUUAGUAGAAUUAGUAGCUACUAGCAUGCACAUAACCCUACUAUAAAUUCUUCCAAAAAUUGGAUAUAUAUAUAUAUAUAUAUAUAUAUAUAUAGUGAAAGACUGCAACCUAGCUAUGUCCGAAAUUGUACAAGCAAUACUAUUUCAUGUCUGUUUGUCCUGCACUAUGGUGGCAUGCAUGCAUGUGAAAAAUGAAUGAUGGGUCUUAUCUAAUUAAUUAAAUCUUGAAUUCUGCCGAUUAA